AUGCGCGUCCCGUCGUUUGUUUUCCGCUGCGCCGCUAGUGCAGAGCAACAUGGCGACGUCCCUGAUCUGCGGCCGGUUGUCCGCUGGACUGAGACAUUCCGGCUCUAGGACGACUUUAAGCUCGGCAGCGAAGGUGCUCGGUGGGACAUCGGGUCUGUUUGGUAACCAUGGGAACCAGCCGUCUCCAAUGCUGUGUGGGCAGCAGCAGAGAAACCUCUCUCUGCAUGAGUACAUGAGCAUCGGGCUCCUGAAAGAGGCGGGCAUCUCUGUGCCUGCGGGUAUGGUGGCCAGCUCGCCCGACGAGGCGUAUGCUGUUGCCAAACAGAUCGGUUCUAAAGAUCUGGUGGUGAAAGCGCAAGUGUUGGCCGGAGGUCGAGGCAAAGGCUCUUUUGAAGGAGGAUUGAAGGGUGGAGUCAGAAUUGUUUACUCGCCAGAAGAAGCGAGGGACAUCUCCUCUAGGAUGAUUGGAAAGAAGCUGUUCACUAAGCAGACGGGUGAGGCGGGCCGCAUCUGUAACCAGGUGUUCAUCUGCGAGCGCAGGUACCCGCGCAGAGAGUAUUAUUUCGCCAUCACCAUGGAGAGGUCAUUCCAGGGCCCCGUGCUGAUUGGCAGUUCUCAGGGGGGCGUGAACAUUGAAGAUGUGGCUGCGGAGAAUCCUGACGCCAUCGUGAAAGAGCCCAUCGACAUCAUGGAGGGAAUAAAGAUGGAACAGGCCAUAAAGGUGGCGGAGAAGAUGGGCUUUCCUCCCGCGCUGAUCAAUGAAGCUGCUGAAAGCAUGUUGAAGCUCUAUGAUGUGUUUUUAAAGUAUGACGCAUCUAUGUUGGAGAUCAACCCAAUGGUUGAGGACUCAUCCGGCAUCGUGAUGUGUAUGGAUGCCAAGAUCAACUUUGACUCAAACGCUGCCUAUAGACAGAAGAAAGUGUUCGACAUGCGGGACUGGAGCCAAGAGGACGCCAGAGACAGGCAGGCAGCCAAAGCAGAUCUCAACUACAUCGGCCUGGACGGCACUAUCGGCUGUCUGGUCAAUGGUGCUGGACUCGCUAUGGCAACAAUGGACAUCAUCAAACUGCAUGGUGGAAUUCCUGCCAACUUUCUGGAUGUAGGAGGCGGAGCCACAGCACAGCAGGUGACGGAGGCCUUCAAGCUCAUCACCUCUGAUAAAAAGGUUCAGGCUAUUUUGGUAAACAUUUUUGGGGGCAUCAUGAGGUGUGAUGUCAUCGCCCAGGGCAUCAUCAUGGCUGUCAUUGACCUAGACCUGAAAAUCCCCAUCGUGGUGCGGUUACAAGGAACACGUGUGGAUGAUGCCAAAGCUCUGAUCGCCGCCAGUCCUCUAAAGAUCCUGGCCUGCGACGAUCUGGACGAGGCAGCCAAAAUGGUUGUAAAGCUUUCUGAAAUUGUGUCGUUGGCCAAGGAGGCCCAGGUGGAUGUCAAGUUCCAGCUGCCCAUCUAACAGAACAAUCCCACGAACCACAGCACCAUUUAAACAUCCUCUAUAAACUGAAUCCUGUCUCAGAUCUCCAACAGAGUUCUUCACAGCCCCGUGUGACGGUCCGGCUUCUGUCUUCCCGCGGUUCCCGUCCUUCAGUUUCACCAGCGCUUACAGAAUGCAAACGCUCACGUGUGUGCACGGUAGCGCUUCCAUUUCACCCGAGCCCAUGGAACAUGUCCGCUAGCAUACUGUGGGUUAUUUUGGUUGCGCUGGUUUAGAUGGGGGUCGGUGUUACUCCCUACUGUAAACUGUUGUUUAUUUUGUCAAUUGUUUGUUUGUUUCCUUCAGUGGAGAAUGUAUUUAUGUGGGACUGUAUUUAUACUGUCGAAAUGGGGAUCCGACUCUUUGGAUAUAGAUUGUCUCUGGCACACUUAUACACACAGUAUCUGUAAAAGAAAAGCCCACUCCCUUCUCUCUCUCUCUCUCUCUCUUUCUCUCUCUCUCUCCCGCCCUCCCUUCCUUCCUCUGCUUUCCGUCGGGAGCGCGUGUCGCUGCAGGACGUCCUCUUUGUUCUCCUGAAGAGAAAUGCACCAUUUCCCUUUCAAACAAACGCACAAGCACUCGUAGGGAAUAUGUGUGCGUUAUAAGUGUUCUCUCAGUGUGAAAUAGAGCUGCCUCCGCAGCAGAGAAACAAUAAAAAACACUCAAGCGUCUCUGAGGAUGAUGUCACUGUCUGUUUUUGAAAUGUCAAGCUUAGAAAAUAGUUUCGUUUGCAUGCGUGUUUUGUAGUAAGAAUCCAACUUCUGCUGUAAAGGUAGAACAAUGAAACCUGGAGAGUAUCCAAACUGGACCGGACUGGUGUCCUGUAGAAUUUAGAUCCAGUCCUUCAAGGGGCAGUUCACCCAAAAAUUAACAUUUUGUCAUUAUUUACUCACCAUCAAGUUGUUGCAAAAAUGUCUUUGUUUUGUUGAACACAAAGAAUGAUGUUUGGAUAUAUUGGGGCACCAUUGACAUUCUUUCCACUAUGGUAGUCAACGGUGCCCUAGAAAUGUCAGUUGCUAACAUUCUUCCAAAUAUUCAUCAGAACAAAGACAUUUAUGCAACUUGAAGGUGAGUAAAUAAUGACAGAAUUUUAGAGUAUCUCUUCAAGGUUUAAGCAGAGAUGAAAUGUUUAGGUAGCCUGGCACUACUGUACAUAUAAAUAUUGAAUAGACCAUAGCAUGACUUUGAUUUGUUCAUAAAUAUUUUUCUGAGAAACAUGCUAACGAGGAUCAGCUCAACCGGCCAUUCGUUUCACACAGAGGUGACGUGGACAGUCCCACGUGUGAACUCACAUCAUCAAAAUGUCAUUAUUAUCAUCAUCAUUUGGAAGCAAAAUAGCUACAAAAAAUGUUAAUCCCAUAUCAGUCUACGCAGACAAUAAAGUUUUGUGCGAAACCUCUCUUGAACC